GUGCAAUACAUUAUUAAAUAUAAAUGUAAUAUUGUUUUUGUUGUUAUUAUUGUAUUCAAUAUUUUAUUACAAAAAUCAUGUCAUCAAUAAAAAUGCAAUCAAUUAUUGCAAAGUUUUUACGUAAACUUCUCGAUUUGAUUGCUUGGAUAAUAGGCCUAAAGUUUAAAACUAAUAGACAAUAUUUACCGGCCAUAACUAACCCACUGUUACUGGAAUCAGCUAAUACAUUGAGUGCCAAAAUUAAAAGUGGACAGCUAAAAUGUGAAGAUUUGAUAAAUGCAUACAUCAAUAGAUGUAGAGAAGUACAGCCACACAUCAAUGCCAUCAUUCAAACCAAUUAUGAGUCGGCCAUUAAAGAGGCCAAACAUGUGGACCGUCGAGUACGUCACGAACUCGAUGGCAAUGAUCCGCUUACGGGUCAGUCYGUUAACGACCAACCAUUGCUUGGCAUACCGUUUACARCUAAAGACUCGUUUGCAAUCAAAGACAUGUAUUGGACGUCUGGUUUGUUUGCGAGGAAAGGUAUUAUUUCGUCAAAUGAUAGUCCAGUAAUCAGUGAACUUUGCAAAGCCGGUGCCAUAUUUAUUGCUUUGACUAAUGUACCGGAGCUGAUAAUGUGGUGGCACUCGACUAAUAUACUUUAUGGUCGAACCAACAAUCCAUAUGAUAAAAGUCGUAUACCAGGGGGAAGUUCAGGAGGCGAGGGGGCGCUCAUAGCAGCGGCCGGUUCUCUCAUUGGUGUUGGUUCAGAUAUCGGUGGUUCAAUCCGUGAGCCGUCAUAUUUUUGCGGCACUUUUGGCCACAAGACUACAAACGGUAUUGUUUCUACUGAUGGCAUAUAUCCCAUGUUUAGCGCAUCAAAACAACAAUUAUUAUCAGUCGGACCUUUGUGUAGAUAUGCCAGCGAUUUGAAACCAGUACUCAAAGUGAUGGCCGGACCUAAUGCGACAAAAUUAAAGUUAGACCAAAACGUAGACAUAAGUCAAAUUAAUGUUUACUACAUGUUAGGCCUCAAAAACCCGGCUAUCAGUCCAUUAAACUCAGAGAUUAUAAAUGCAAUAUAUUGUUGUGUCGAUCACUUAUGUAAUAAAUGUUCAAAUGUUGAGAAAAUAUAUCUCAAGGAAUUGGAGUUUGGUUUUGAUAUAUGGAUGUGCGCUAUGAGCGACAGUACAUCACCAACUCUAGAGCAAGAGUUGGCUAAUUUAAAUGGUGCUAUCAAUCCAUGGCUAGAAUUAAUAAAAUCAAUUGUUGGUCUUUCAAACAUAACUUUCCCAUCAAUUGUCAGYUGUUUUGACGAUUUAAUUACUGGUCUAUCAAAUGAACAAUAUUCUCAUCAAUUAAAACAAAUGAGACAACUAUUAACAGAAAGAUUACACAGUAUUUUGGGUGAUAAUGGUGUAUUCAUAUUUCCAGGUCAUCCAGAAAUAGCACCUAAACAUAACGGAACGAUAUUAAAAGUUAAGAAUAUUUCYUAUACCUGUAUAUUCAAUACAUUAGAUGUUGCCAUAACAUCAGUGCCUUUAGGUCUGUCCAGUAAUGGUCUACCUAUUGGUAUUCAAGUGAUUACCCGUCCAUAUAAUGAUCAUUUAAGUAUCGCUGUGGCCGAAGAACUCGAGAGGGCAUUCAAUGGUUGGACACCACCGACACGUGUGUCGUAUUAAUUAUAUCUUACAUUUUGAAAAAUCUAAUAAAUUUAUAUUUUUUAUUUAAAUAACAU